AUGCUUAACCGCUCAACUACUCCGAUAGUGUGGAUAGAUUGUGAGAUGACCGGUCUUGAUUAUGAAAAUGACGUUAUACUGCAGAUAUGUUGCUAUAUCACGGAUUUUGAGUUAAAUAUUCUUGACAAUGGGGGAUUUGAGACCGUCAUACAUUACGAAAAGCCUGUACUUGACAAGAUGGGAGAAUGGUGCCAGCGGACUCAUGCCUCUACUGGUCUAACCAACCGUGUUUUGAAUUCUACAACCACUAUUGAGGCGGCCACCUCACAGCUACUCGCAUAUAUACAAAAAUAUGUUCCAACCCCGAAGGUAGCAGUUCUGGCCGGAAACUCUAUUCAUGCUGACAGGGCUUUCCUAAACCGACAAUUCCCAUCGAUAAUCGACCACUUGCACUACCGACUUCUAGAUGUCUCCACGGUGAAGGAGGCUGUGCGCAUGUGGUGUUCGGACGAAACCUUGAGAAAUGUUCCGCCAAAGAAGGAAACCCAUGAGGCGAGGAUGGACAUUUUGGAAAGUAUUGGGGAAAUGAAGCACUAUAAAAAAGUACUUUUUGAUGGGAAGUAG